AUGGUGACCAUGCAGGCCAAUGGCAGGCCCGCAGUAGCAGGACAAGAUCGUCGUCCCUCUCUCGCGACGCUCGCUGCAACCUUGGCCCCAGCAUGGCUACCCCUCCUGACCCUCAUCUUCGGCGGUUGCUGCAGUAAUGCCGUAUUUCUCGAACUCUCCACUCGUCAAGCACCGCAGCUAGGGACGUUGAUCACGCUGUUGCAAUUCUUCUUUACUAUGCUGCUCGCAUUGCCUGCGCAGCUGGAGCGAGCACCCUCCUCUUCACCAAAGACAUCUUCAACGGGGGGGAUCCCGUUCGUGGGCUGGAGACUCAAGAGCAGGGCGGUGCCAAUGAGUCGCUGGGCGGUACAAGUGGUACUAUACGCCACGACUAGCCUUCUCAACAAUGUUGCAUUCGCGUACGAGGUGCCCAUGCCCGUGCAUAUCAUCUUCCGCAGCGGAGGGUUGGUGGUGAAUAUGUUGAUGGGGUGGGUCGUCAGAGGCAGAAGAUACUCCCCUCUCCAGGUUCUGUCGGUCAUCCUCGUGACAGGAGGAGUAGUCCUGUCCACCCUGUCAACGCAGCCCUCUACACCCUCUACCAGCUCGGCCGGCUCAGCUCCGCCCGUCUCCAACUACCUGACAGGCAUCUCCCUCCUCACCCUUGCUCUCUUCCUCUCCUCUCUGAUGGGUCUCUGGCAAGAAGCCACCUUCGCCGUCUACGGACGCGAUACGUGGCGUGAGGCUCUCUUCUACUCUCACGCUCUCUCCCUCCCUCUGGUGCUAGGUACCCGCUACUCGGAUGUCCGUGGCGAGGUGCAAGCCGUUCUCAAAUCGCCGCAAGUCGUCCUCCCCUCGCAAUUGGGAGGAGCAAAGAUGCCAAGCUUGAUUCCCCUCUUGACGCUCAACGUGCUCACCCAGUUGGCAUGCAUCAACGGCGUCAAUCGGCUGACAGCUCGCGUGAGCUCAGUAGCCGUCACCCUUGUGCUCGUCGUGCGCAAGGCGGCCAGCCUGGCCAUUUCUGUCUUGGUCUUGAAUAGGGGAAAAGACCAGGGCGAUACCUCCGGCUUGGUAACGGGGGCCAUCGCUGUGGGUGCGGGGACCGUCAUGUAUGCUUGGGCUGCUUCGAGAUCGACGGUAGGUGUGAAGGAGGAGACUGGUGGAGCGGGACAAGAGGAGAAGCAGAAGUCCGCUGAUGCUGCGGUUACCUCGGCGAGAGAGACAAGAAGCACAACAGCAGCGACCAAACGAGCGCGCCCAGUGUUGUGA